CUCGAGAACGAUAGAAAUAAUUUAUAUUUUCUUAAGAGGAAAGAAUGUACAUAUACAAGGCUGUAUAUUUUUGUAAAGAAACUUGCAAACUUGUAUUGCGUGCUGAGCAAUAUCGAUUUCCGAGAGACUGAUAAUUCGACGGAAGGAAAAAUUCCAACAAUUUCCAAAGAUACUUUGGCGAGAGAGUUUACGCUUGGAAGAAGGUUUAAAGAGUAAUGUUUUGAAUAGAUCGAGUAGUACUGAUUCAAAAAUAGUCGGGCAUCGUUCGAUCGCGCCAGACGCGAAUCGACUUUAUCGGUGUAUCUUGAAAUAAAACAGAGGCGAAACAUUUCUCACUCUUCGCAAUCUGCGACGUAAAUAUAACGAAUUUUCAAAUUUUUUUUCACACGCGCAAAGCGUGCCAUUUUUUUAUCAAUCAAAGUCCACGAUAAUUCUAUCCCAAACAAACAAAGAGUGAAGAGAGAAUCAUCGUGCGUUCUAAAAUUAAUAACGCAAAGCAAACGGAUGGAUAUUCCUGUCUUAAAAUUAAACGAAGGGAAGAAAGAGACGCGCUGUUGAAAAAAAUCGGUCAAUGUCAACGCGCACGUGACGAUCGAACUCGCGUUCCCAAUACUAUUCUAAUCCCCGCGUCCUUGGUCAACGAGCAUCUCCAGAGUCGUCUGGAAGAAGAGUCACUGGAGACUUGGCCGUGGCCGAUUAAUCGCGCGCCAGGAGGUUUCUCGGUGUGGCAACAAACCUGAAGAUGCCAGGAGGCGUCGAGCGAAAAUAAAGAGAGCCACGAUUUUCAUCGGCAAAUAAUCCUACCUCUUCAGUCUUGCCAGGCUUAUCCGAGUUGCUGGCCGCAUUCUCGCGAGAAUCCUUUGAAAAUUUAUCGACCCGGAUGAAUGAGAGAGCCUAUCGACGUUUCUAGGACGAGGAGAGAAAGAAGAGAAGAGAAACGAGGAUCGCACGUGGUUGUUCGCAAAGUGGUCCUCGAGUGGUCGGUACCGAGAAGCCGAAAGAGAGCCGGUGGCUGGCCGUGUAUAGGAAGGGAGAAGGAAGAAACAGAGGGAAAUUGGCCCGCGUUAUCGGCUCACUUGACUCCUUCGCUUGCCCUCGAGGAGGUUAAUUUUAAGAAUAUCUCGAGAGGAGGGCCACCUCGACCUCUGUGAUGAUCAACGAUCAUGGCGGCAGGAGCAACGACCCUGACGAGCCUUCUGUUGUUGUCGCUGAUGGCGGGAUGCUCGUUCACGUCGAGGACAGUUCAAUCGAGCACUCAUUCGCCGUUCACCAAGAUUCUGAAAGGCGUGAGGCUGGCGGGCGGCUACAUGGAGAUCAUCCAGGAGGACCAUUGCUCGCACGGGGCUGUUCGAUUGACUUGCAGAUCGUUGAAGGCGUUCAUCUUCGUCCUGGAAGCGGAAUAUCUCUCGAAUCUGACGCGCAUUUGCGGAUACGAUUUGCAGAAGUUGGUGGAGAAGAAGAUGUACAAGAGUCGAGGUAGCGGCUCCUACAAGAAGAAAGGGUUGAAGGGGAAUUAUAUCGACGAUGGUGAUGAGGAACCGUUUGGACUGGUCGAUGUUAGACAGUCGUUGAAUAAGAGAUGUUCCGGACAGAAGCAUUGUCGUUACAAUUUUAUUACCGACCACCCAAGUGCCGUUUAUUGGAAUCCAGCCACGUUACGAUUGAAAUACGCCUGUAUUCCUGAGGCUGCGGUGAGAAAAUAUUGCAACGAGGAGCUGAAGGUGAUCCCUGGCGAGGGCGGUUUCAUAAAUUCACCGGGCUAUCCGCUUUACUACCUCGGCGAGAGUACGUGCGGGUGGACGUUCAGGUCGGCUCCUGGGCACAGGAUCGUCCUCACCUUCCACGACCUGAAUAUCCGGGGACCAGAAGCAGAUGGCAAUUGCGUGGACAUCGUGAGAGUGCGAGAAAAAGGAAGAACGCUGUUCGAGAAUUGCGGUACCGCGGCUGGCGUCAAGGUCGUUUCGAACUCGAGCGUGAUCACCCUCGACCUUGUCGCCACGAAGAGGUUGUACACGGCACGAGGAUUCUUCUUGCAAUAUCAAGCGUUGGACUGUCCGGAUGUCUCGGUGCCCAACGGAAGUUACGUAUUGAAUGGCACUCUAACCUCAAGGACUUUUCUCUGCAAAUUGGGUACCGUGUUCCCCGACAGUAAAGAAAGGACAAGGAUACUCGAGUGCAAGAAUGGCAAGUGGAACGAGAGUGUCAUCAACAUACCGAGUUGCACAGCCACAUCAGCGCUGAUCCUGAAAACGGAACACGACCAUAAUCGGUUGUCCAGCCUUUCCGGGGACAAUAUCCUUGGCACGGGGGUUAGAAUUGGACGAGGCGAGGACGCAGUCGCGGUUGGUAACAGGAACAUUAUGGAUUCGGCGCAAUCAGCAAUGAUGAAGCAAUCAGACUACGUCGUAGACGUUGUCUUGCCGACAGUCCUGAUUGCUCUUCUGUUCGUUGGAAACGCCAUCAUUGUGUAUAUUAUCUUCCAGUAUAGGAAAAGAAAAGUUCCAACGAUAGAGCAAGGCGAAGAGAUGUCCUUGCGGAACGCGGCUGAAGUGCCACAAGUGUGAUUUGCACGAGGAUCAGGACAGUUAAAUUUUCACGGUGCCAGCCCAAAGCGUCAGUGAGAGAAGGCCUACGUUGCAUUUUUUUUCCACGAGGAUGAUCUCCAAACAAAAAUGGAUCUCUAAAAAGUAAAUCGUCGAAGGGCAUCGAUCGCUAUUUUUUUUUUUUUUUUUCUCUCUUCUGAAUUUCCGGGAGGAUUUGUCAUUGAAUCAAAAAUAUCUUAAGAGACUCGUAUAUUUGAUUUCAAUGGUUUCACGUUUUUUUCCGAAUGAAAAAGAAGGAUUGAAAAAAAAAAUAUUAUUAUCUGUUCUACAACCGUGAAAUUUUCGGGGACGCACUCGAAAGAAAAGAUUAUAAAUAUGUUCGUCGCCGUUUAUAAUAUGAAUCGUUGUCAAUAUUUAGAAAACCAGGCGCCUAGUUAGUGCCACGAUCUACGUACACUUAUUACGUACACAUUAUACAAACACAUGUACACAUACGCAACACGAAUACUUACGAUAAUGUAUUAUAAUGUAAGGAAAUAAUAUAUUCUAUAUUUCGUCCAAAUUGUGACUAAGUUAAGAAUAAACUGAUGUUUUCAUAAUAUAUUUGCUUUUAUAAGUA